UUUGCUCCAGCCGCCAGUGCCAGCCCGAGGGUCGUGCCGGCCGGGAACUCGCCGUCCCGCCACACCCACCAGGCGACGGCCCAGGACCAUGGAGGACGUGAAACUGGAGUUCCCCUCGCUUCCCCAGUGUAAAGAAGAAGCCGAGGAGUGGACCUACCCUAUGAGGCGGGAGAUGCAGGAAAUUUUACCUGGAUUGUUCUUAGGCCCAUAUUCUUCUGCUAUGAAAAGCAAGCUACCUAUACUACAGAAACAUGGAAUAACUCAUAUAAUAUGCAUACGACAGAAUAUUGAAGCAAACUUUAUUAAACCAAAGUUUCAACAGUUAUUUAGGUAUUUAGUCUUGGAUAUUGCAGAUAAUCCAGUUGAAAAUAUAAUACGUUAUUUCCCCAUGACUAAAGAAUUUAUUGAUGGGAGCUUACAAAGUGGAGGAAAAGUACUUGUGCAUGGAAAUGCAGGGAUCUCCAGAAGUGCUGCAUUUGUUAUUGCAUACAUUAUGGAAACAUUUGGAGUGAAGUACAGAGAUGCAGUUACUUAUGUUCAAGAAAGGAGGUUUUGUAUUAAUCCUAAUGUUGGAUUUGUGCAUCAGCUUCAGCAAUAUGAAGCCAUCUACCUAGCAAAAUUAAUAAUACAGAUGAUGUCACCGCUUCAGAUGGAAAGAUCAGUAUCUGUUCAUUCUGGAACCACAGGCAGUUUGAAGAGAACACAUGAAGAAGAUGAUGACUUUGGAAACACGCAAGUGGCGACUGCACAGAAUGGCUGAUGCAAGAGGAACAAUAGUGUGCUUGGAACAAAGGAAACAGUGACAAUAAUAACGUUAAACUGGUAAAAACAGAAGGAGUUUGGUUCUGUGUUGCUUCCAGGCAAAGUCCUGCACUCUGCAUUUUAAGAUGUUGGACUUCUGCAGUAGACGGCACUGAUGGCUUUACUCCUUAAAAAAUUUACAGUUUUAUUAUAAACCAAGAAUUUUUGACUUGUAAA